ACACACUACACGUACAUGACUCUCUCAACCCAAAAUCCCAACUAUAAAACCUCAACUCCAAUCCCACCUUUUCUGUCUGAUUACACUCAAUAAAAGUUAUACAACACCAACCCCCAAACCCCAAAAGAGGAAAAAAAUAAUCUUAAAAGAAUACCGAAAAUAAAACAGGCACCGUUACAUGGCAACUUCCGACCUAACAACGACUCAAACGACGGCCGACGAUCACGGCGGUGAAGGGACCAUCUCGGCCCUCCAUCCAGACAUCAUUCGGGCCCACAUCCUGGCCCGUCUCGACGGCCCAGCACUCGCUUCGGCCUCCAGCGCGUCGUCUCAGCUCCACGCGCUUUCUGCUGACGAGACUCUUUGGCGAGACAUAUGCACCACCAUGUGGCCCUCCAUAGCGGAUCCCCGCCUCUGCCAGCUCAUCCUCUCCGGCUUCCCUUCUGGCCACCGUUCCUUCUUCUCCGACUCUUUCCCGACCAUCGGUGAGGUCCCACCUCGGGUAUUCAAUAAUUAUCUCAGUGGGCCCUCCGGAUUAAUCUCCGCCGUCGAUAUUUUCUACCAAGGUAAGCUGGUCCUCUCCAAGAUCCAAGAGACCGAAACCGUGUCAGAGUGGUUCCUCUGCUCGCCGUUUAUCGUCGAUUUGCUCGACCCGAAAGACCCAGUCCCGACAGAAAUACUACGCGCCGCCGUACCCGGGGACGACGACGGCGCGUGGUUGAAACACUUGGAAGAUAAUUUAACGCUGAGCUGGAUCCUAAUCGACCCGAACCUUAAGAGGGCGGCGAAUGUUUCGAGCCGUAGACCGGUGUCGGUUAAACGACACUGGCUGACCGGAGAGAUUCAGCUCCGGUUCUCGACGGUGAUGGCGGGCGAAGGAAGUAAUGGGUCGCCGGGGUGGUGGGUUGGAGCGGCGACGAGGGAGGUGGUGCAGUGCGGGGUGGUGGUGACGUGCGGGGGUGACAAGGAAGGAGGGAGGAUGUACGUGAGGGAGGUGGGGCUGCACGUGGAGGACAUGGAAGGGAAGCACCUCAAGGGGAGUGAGAGCUUGGUUAUAUUGGGGAACGCCGUGGAAGGCGGGGCCAGGAGAAAGGCACGGAAGAGUACGGAGGGGAAAGAGAGGUACGAGGAAUAUUUGGGAUUGACGAGAGAGAGAAGAGAGAGAAAGCAGAGUCGAGAGAGAGCUCUUGACUUGGCCUGCAUCGCUACUGGCCUCUCUAUCUUUGUCCUUUUUUGGUCUUUCAUUCUCUUCAGAUAAAAAAACUACUGGUUGGUUAUACAGUUAUUACAGUUACUCAGUACAUAAUAUUACUGAAAUUACAAAUAUAACGAUAAUUAUCUCAAUUAAAUUAUAUGUUUCUUUAUGUAACAGAUACGUUGGUAGAAAUAUGAACAUCCAUAUAUUUUUUUUCAUUAA